UUUUUUUUUCUCUCUAUUAUAUUAGAAAGAAAAACAAUAAUAUAUAGUGACGAGAUGCCGGAGGAAAGUUGCGCAUCAUCGAAGGGACCGCUUUGACUGUAUGCGCUACGCAGAGAGAGAUGGGGACGCUGCCACCAACAUCGGUAGUAGUAGAUGAUGAUCGAGUAGAUGAUGCAAAAGUUGGCCGCGAAGAAGAUGAUCAUGAUCACGAACAGAAGCAACUCGAUGCCGGUGCUCGUUUUGUUCUCAAAUCCAAAGGAUCAUGGGUGCACUGCGGUUAUCACUUGACAACAUCGAUUGUUGCUCCGGCACUCCUGAGUUUGCCGUACGCUUUCACCUUCCUCGGAUGGGAGGCCGGAAUUUUGUGUUUAGUCAUCGGAGCAUUAGUUACUUUCUAUUCGUACAAUUUAAUCUCUUUGGUUCUUGAACACUAUGCUCAAUUGGGUCAUCGCCAUCUACGAUUCAGAGACAUGGCUCAUGACAUUUUAGGUCCGAGAUGGAGUCGUUAUUUUGUCGGACCAAUUCAAUUCCUAGUAUGCUAUGGCGCUGUUGUGGCCUGUACUCUUUUAGGAGGACAAUGCAUAAAGGCAGUUUACUUGCUGACCAACCCAAAUGGGACUAUGAAGCUAUACGAGUUUGUGAUCAUAUUUGGGUGCUUAAUGCUGCUUUUGGCUCAAAUCCCAUCUUUUCACUCUCUCAGGCACAUCAACUUGGUGUCUGUCUUUCUUUGCCUAGCAUAUAGUGCUUGUACCACUGCUGCCUGCAUCUACAUUGGAAGUUCUUCCAAGGGGCCGCAUAAGAACUAUUCCUUGAAUGGCAACAGUCAAAGUCGAGUUUUUGGGGUCUUUAAUGCUAAUGCCAUCAUUGCUACAACAUUUGGCAACGGUAUCAUUCCAGAAAUUCAGGCAACAAUAGCACCACCAGUGAAGGGAAAGAUGUUCAAGGGACUCUGUGUUUGUUAUGCAGUUGUGACGAUGACUUUCUUCAGUGUUACCAUCUCUGGCUAUUGGGCAUUUGGCAACCAAUCUGAAGGCCUCAUCCUUAGCAACUUCUUGGAUGAUGGCAAACCUUUGGUGCCAAAGUGGUUCAUCUUCAUGAUUAACCUUUUCAUCAUACUGCAACUAUCAGCGGUUGGUGUGGUUUAUCUCCAGCCCACAAAUGAAGUUCUUGAGCGAGCAUUUGCAGAUCCAACUAGCAAAGAGUUCUCUGCUCGCAAUGUGAUCCCUCGGGCAGUUUCUCGCUCGAUGUCUGUCAUCUUAGCAACCAUUAUAGCAGCAAUGCUUCCAUUUUUCGGGGACAUCAAUGCAGUUAUUGGGGCUUUUGGUUUCAUCCCCCUUGACUUCGUCUUGCCUGUUGUGCUCUAUAACUUGACCUUCAAGCCAUCUAAAAGAAGCCCCAUUUUCGUGUUAAACACCACUAUCGCAGUGGUUUUCUCAAUAUUGGGGGUUCUAGCUGCAAUUGCUGCAGUAAGACAAAUAAGCCUCGAUGCCAAAACUUAUCGGUUGUUUGCUAAUGUAUGAACACCAUUCAGCAAAUAUUGCUUGCUUCCGCUCAAGUGGUAUAGACAAGCUGGAUGAAGUGUAGAUCCUAGGUUGGAUUUCCCUUGUAACUAAAGUAUUUGAUCGCUGUUCCAGUGUGCAUAAUGUUAUGUAUCUGCUAUUUGCAGGGAUUCUUAUUUUUACUUGCAACAGUAGGUGCAAGUAAUAAGCUAAUGAGUAAAUAAGAAGUCCUUUAAUGUUAA